AUGGAGGGGAAGAAAGAUGAGAACAAUUUCUUUGCAAACAUGAAACAAGAUAUUGAUCAAAUUACAAAACAAGAAGAAGAGGUUCUUAAGAAGAGAAUAUCAAACCACCCUCUGUAUGGGCUUCUUCUUCAGUCACAUCUCAAAUGUUUAAAGGUGUGUUCCGACGACUUUGACUUACCAGAGAUUAUGAAUCCGCAGGAUGAUCUUGACCUAACCAAACUCUCUCUCCACUCUGAUUCUUCCCUCGAAGCCACCACCUCUCCAGAACUUGAUCAAUUCAUGGAAGCGUAUUGCUCAACUCUAAUGGAGCUGAAGGAAGCCAUGGACAAGCCUCUUAUUGAAACGCAACGUUUCGUGGAUGCAGUGUACACUCAGCUAAAUGACAUUAGUGCUGUUCGUUUCGUUGACGCAGCUACCUGCGGCUGCGUCUGCGGCAAUGUUUUAAAAAAUUUUUGUUCGUUUCAUUGA